AUGGCCGAAAUAUUUGAUGAUCAGUUAAUACUAUCCUAUUUCAAAGAUUUUCUUGGCAAAGAGAAGGUUGAUUCUGUCUUUGCGGAACUCUGCACGUAUCCUUUCCAACCUGUAAAACUGAAUAUUUACAGCCACCAACAUACUCCAGCUCGACUUUGUUGUGCCUUCGGGGAUGAAAAUGGACUCACCUACAGAUUUUCGGGGACAUCGAUCGCCGCCCAGCCGUGGACUCCUGUGCUGCAGCAAAUUAAAAGUGAAGUGGAAGCACUCACCCACGAAAAAUAUAAUUACGUUCUGCUCAACAAAUACCCUGACGGAGAUGCCAAGAUUUCCGCGCACAAGAGACGAUGA